GUUGGUUGAAGAGUUAACUAAAAUUUUUGAGCUGUUUGACCAGGCAACUGAAGUAUUUAGUGGCAAAAAAUAUCCAACUUUGUCUGUUAUAUAUCUGGUUAUUAAAGUUUUGAAGUCUGAAUUUAAUUUAGAUUUAUUUAUUGAACCAGAUAUUGAUGAAUAUGAUAUUAUUCAAGUCAAACAAGAAAUUCAUAAUUCUCUCCAGAAAUAUUGGGGAAUUCCAAACAAUGCAGGUCUUUUAGCGAUAUUACUAGACCUAAGACUCAAGACAAUAUGUCCUUGGCCUAACCAUAUACAAGAAAAAACUAUUAGAUUAUGUUGUGAAGAACUUGAUACUAUUGUCAAUAAUAGACCUUUAUCUACUGCUUCUCCUCCGGCUACUACUUCAUUAACCAACCAAUAUUUUGCUUCAAUUUUUCAAGAUAACUAUAGUAAUAGUGAUUUCACAGAUAAUGAACUAGACAGAUAUAUGGAUAUUAAAAGAGUUCUUGUUGCCCUGCCUGAUAAAUCACCUCUAGAAUGGUAG